UGUAUUGUUAUAUAGCAACGGCUAUCAACAGACAAGACAUUUUACAGCCAGUUUGUACAGGGAUCGGGUACGUUUAUCCACCUCAGAACCAAACAGGCGUUGAUGUCUGAAAUAUACAUAUCGAGUGCGAAGUCGGAAAUAUAAAGAGGAUUUUCAUUUAUUCUGUACAAUGUUUAAUUCUAGUGGUUAGGGGGAAAAUGUGAUUGUCUUGUUUUAGACAAAAAUGUCGUGAAUUGAUAACAACUUUUAAUACAAGUUACAUUCUGGCAAUAUUCACAAUGAUUGAAAGGACGAUAAACAUCUUCUCUACCUGGAUUAUCAAUGGUACAUCACAUAAUAUCGCGAUCCUGGUCUUCCCCAUUCAAUCUUGGAAUGUUCCUUAAUUGAACCAACUCUGGAUCUCUGUCGGACUUUGACAUAUCAGGUUGAUGGCAGAUCAGGAUGAGCAGUAUGAAAAGUCUUGGAUUCUACAUCAUAUCCUGGACAGGUAUAUAGGGAGCCGGAAGCUGGUGGCCGUCAGGAGGAAGCUGACGUUUGUGAAGGAGCAAAUAAUGAAUUGUAGGGGAGGCAAAUGUAACACUUCUUACGUAGGAAGUUUGUCAGAGGGAAUCCAAAUGAAAGGCUCGGACAUCGAUAUUAUGUUUGUUGACACCCAUGUGAUAGUGCUGUGCCCUGAGCAGUGCAUCAGUACUCGUCUAGAUAGUACAAAAACAGUGUUUAUAAUGCGAGAUGCUGACAGUCGACCUGGUUAUGUACAUCUUGAACUAGUUAAUCUGGGACAGACAUGCAAUCCAUCAUACAUCCAAUGCCUUGUUCUAGUUAGGGAUGCACUGUUCAUAUCAAGUGAAAUUUAUUCACGGGUUCUUGCUGAUGAAGUUGGUGCUAUCUCCAACAAGACGUUAGAAACAAAUGGCCCAGCUUUUAGGGCGAAUAAUACACAGAAUAACUGCGCACGUGAUAUUGAUAGCGUAAUCUCCUUUCCAUGUACUAGUUGGCCACGGGAAGCUAAUGAGUGGGUGAGUAGGACUCGUAUGUAUGAGUGGCCAGGAUCUGAUUUGAGAGAUCAGAUAGUACAAGGCGGUUGUCAUCUUGUCUCUGUAGGGGAUAGAACAUCCCCUGACACAUUCCUACAUUGGCGGAUUUCAUUCGUAUGCGCUGAAAAGAAACUUAUACAUUCUCUCAGUCAUGUCCAAUUUUUAGUAUAUGGACUUCUGAAGAACUUCCUCAAACAAAUAUCACACAGUUUUGGGCAGCAAAUAAAGGAUGCGGAUAUUAUAUCAUCCUAUAUUAUGAAAACAACUGUAUUCCAUGCAGUGGAAAGUACACCUUGUUCGUUGUGGCAAGAAAGAAAUACAUUUUUUUGUUUCAUGUUGUGCUUAAACAUUUUGAUUGCUUGGGUGAAUACAGGACAUUGCCCAAAUUACUUCAUUAAAAGCAACAAUAUGUUUCUUGGCACAGUUCAUGGUGAAAAUCAACAAAACAUCCUUCGUAUACUUAUUGAGCUCCAUGAUAAGAAAUGGAACUGUCUUUCAGUUGGAACCGUCAUACAGCCAUCUAUAGGAUUACGAAUCAACAGUGUGCAGAAUGGAGAAUGGGAAUAUGUAUUACCUCCACCGACACAGUCAGAACAGGAAUGUGACAUGCUGAUAUUCUCUACAUUAUUUUCAUUUGAAAAUAAGUCUGCUUCACUUCCCGUUGCACUAACACUCCUAUCUAAAUCAAAAUCAGACAUCGACGAGUUCAUAGGUUACAUAUGUACAGUAUUUGCAUUGUCUGAUACAGGGGUGGAUACAUUCGAGAAACAUGUUGCUGCUAAAGGAAACAAAGAGAAAUACAAAUAUCUUAGGAAAUGCAAAGACCUUCUGGCACCUCUUUCAUUAGUUUGUACAAGUCCAGGACAGCUAACGUUGGCAACAUAUUACUACCAAACUGGAAAUUAUGUGAAAACACUAGAGAUGUGUCGAAACAUGGUUUCGUCAUUCAAAAUUUAUGUUGGUGACUUUGCAACUUUUAGGGACAAGGACAGGUACGAACAUCUCUAUUGUGGGCGUGGUUACACCCUACUUCACAAAUGCCAGGGGGCAUGUGCUUCGUUAUUGCAUAUAAAACAAUCUCAUUUAUCGUUUUGCCUCUCCCAGUUACACAAGGAGUUGAUAAACUUACGGGGUAUACAUGAUCUUUUGAUCCCCCCACUUCCUUAUGCUGUGUUUCUGUCCUUUUUGUGUUAUCAUGAGCUCGGUGAUACCAGAAGACGUAACGAAGCAUUAAUUCAUCUUCGGGCCUUGAAAUAUGACGAGGAACAGGGAUGUUAUUAUUACUGGAUAGUCAACAAUAUAUUGGGGAAAUGUUAUGAAAUGGUUGGGGACACAAGCAGAGCUCUCAGGGAAUAUAGGGACUCCCUUGGUGGUCAAAGACCUAACCAAGAUCUUAACACUGCCGAGGACAGUAUAGAACGAUUACAGCGUUCACAAUAGCGAGAGAUAUUAGAUCAUCAAUGUAAAUCAGGACACUACAAGAAAAUCUUCCAUGCAAAUAUUCCGGGAACAAAGACAAUAAGGUCACCUAAUAUCAGACAUACCAGAUCUUUGCUGAUGUUAAAUCAGUUGACUUGGUCCUAUGUUACACUGCUCAUGGUUCAAUAUACUGUUAUUUAUUAUGUUUUGUUUAUAUAUUUGUAUUGUUGUAGGUGUAUUGGUUUCACUGUUUUACGCUGCACAUCUAUAAAUGGCUUACUGAAUGAAUAAUGAAUAAUAGAAUGAGGUCUUGGAACUGUUAUUGCUGAAAUAAUGCAUGACAAGGUAUCACCACCCGAAAUAAAAAGUGUUAUCACAUAUUAUGUCAUAUGAAAUAAGACAAUAUGAUUUCUAGGAAUAUGUGGUUUUGUAAAUAGUGCAGGACAAAGUAUCACCAGCUGAAAUAAAAAGUGUUAUCACAUAUUAUGUCAUAUGAAAUAAGACAUAUAAUUUCUAGGAAUAUGUGGUUUUGUUAAUAGUUCGUGACAGUGUGCGGCAAAUUCUUGAUAUGCUGGUGUUUGACCUUCCCUACUAGUAUCAACAAUACUUAUAUCAACAUUUUGUUAAAUUGACUAUGUUUUGAUAUGUACUUACUGAAUAUGAAUCUUGACAUUUGCACCAAUUCAAUGUGUUGACAUGAAUUUUGAAAGUAUUUCUUUAACGGUAUAUAGGUAUUUAUACAUGUAUGCACGCUGCUUUACUUAAACAAACACGAAAUUAGCAGAAAGGUUUUUUUAAUAAGAGCGUAGCCAAAGGCGCAAGAGCGAAGCUGUUUAAUGGUAACACAUGCGUGCGUAACAGAGUUGCUUCCCCUUUCUACACCUUGCCCUUGAUUAUUUUCGUCCGGAAGUAGCCAUCCAGUGGGGAAACCGGAUAUGUAUCCUUGAAGCAAAGACAAUAUUGAGUUUCAUCCCAUAAAUAUAGGUAUUUAUACAUGUAUGUACGCUGCUUUACUUAAACGAAAUGAGCAGAAAAAGUUUUUAAUAUGUUAAUGUUACAGGAAAUAAGAACUAAACAUGUGACGUUUCUCUGUCAAUCCCUGACAGUGUGUGUUAUGUUGACAGUAGUGUAUCAUCCCUCCUCUUUUCACUUUAAAUUUUGAGUUUUAUGUCAAUUUUGAGACAUGGACGUUUUGUUCUUAGUAAAUGUGUUAGAUUAGGUACAGACAUGCUAGAAAGGGUUACAAUACCAGAGAUACAUUGUACCAUUUUAAAGUCUAAUAGGAACUCUAUUUACGAAUAAGCGUAAACAUUUUUGAAAUCUUUACAAUCUAUUUUCAAUCCUGUCUUUUUAUCCAUUAUGCAGCAAAAGUGUAAAAAAAAUUAUUAAACGAGUUGUUCGUUUCAUUAUUUGUAAUGUUAAUUUAUAU